UCGUUUAGUCCAUCCAAAAGAAUGCGGAAGCAGUCUCUCGAAAAGAGAAUUAAAUACCUGGGAAAUGCAUAUUAUUAUGAGUUAUAACGAGUUUAAUUCAUGGCCCAACGUCCCAUUUAAGAUGUAACAUUGUCGUAGACUUCUAUAUACAGGGAAAACGUUUAAAAACAAGCUCGUGUAGCAAGUUUAGUCCUAACGCCAACCUGUGUGUUGACGUUUAAACGUUAGAUUUCUAAAGUUAUCCAGCUUUAAACUCGGUGUUUCAUAGUAAUCUUUCUGACUAAAAAACCAAGAUGCAUCGGAGAGGUGUCGGUGCUGGAGCUAUUGCCAAAAAGAAGCUGGCAGAGGCUAAAUACAAAGAAAGGGGAAAUGUUCUUGCAGAGGAUCAGAUUAUUCAGAUGUCUAAACAGUUGGAAACAUUCAAAUCCAACCUGGAGGAAUUUGCCAGCAAGCACAAGCAAGAGAUCCGCAAGAACCCACAGUUCAGGGUCCAGUUUCAGGAAAUGUGUGCCACCAUUGGUGUUGACCCGCUUGCCUCUGGAAAAGGAUUUUGGUCUGAGAUGCUUGGCGUUGGUGAUUUCUACUAUGAACUUGGUGUACAGAUCAUUGAAGUGUGUCUUGCACUGAAGCACAGGAAUGGAGGGCUUAUAACUCUGGAUGAGCUUCAUCAGAGAGUGUUGAAGGGACGGGGAAAAUAUGCUCAAGAAGUGAGCCAGGACGACUUGGUCAGAGCCAUAAAGAAACUGAAGGCGAUGGGGAAUGGAUUUGGGAUGAUCCCUGUUGGUGGUUCUUACCUGGUGCAGUCAGUCCCUGCAGAGCUCAACAUGGAUCACACCGUGGUACUGCAGUUGGCUGAGAAAAAAGGAUAUGUCACGGUGAGUGAGAUCAGAGAUGGUCUAAGAUGGGAGAAGGAACGAGCCUGCCAGGUCCUGGAGCACUUACUGAAAGAAGGCCUGGCCUGGCUGGACGCUCAGGCGUCUGGGGAGGCGCAGUACUGGCUGCCCGCCCUCUUCUCGGAGCUGACUUCUCGGGACGUCACGCCGGACGAGGCCAAUCAGAUGACGCCUUAACAGAGACCAGUGGACUGGGGUCACCGUCUUGUGACGGCACCAGAGACAUGUCGGCAAACAAAACGUGCCUGUGGGGGGUCUGCUGACGGCGCUGGCGGGGGGUGUGGGGUUGAAGAUCCUUUGUGAUCACUCUUGGACCUGAGGAGGACAUCUUCCUGCGUCACAGCUGUGCACGAGAGCACCACAGCGUUGAAUCCUCACUGACGGGAGCUGCAGUGUUGUUCAGUCUUUUGGGGUAAUUACAGAAACGUCUAUGUUCAAAACAUGAUGGCUAUCGUUUUCUUGUAUAAAGAAUAAAACUUUAAACGUCUCCCCCUUUAUGUUGCAUGUUUUUAAUAUUCCUUAGACCCA